AUGACCUAUUCCUCGUCUGUUGCUCCUCCUUAUAUGUCCUUCAUGCGUCGACAAGCGUACAAGGAAGGGGCUCUUCUCUCCGGCCCAACGCGGGAUCCAUCUGGAUGGACGAAGUUUCCAACUGCCGUCAUGCUGGGUACAUAUGGGUCAGAGGCCGAGAAGGACCAGAAACGAAUGAGAGUAGACUCUACGUUAUACAUCGCAAAUCCCCUCGUAUACACCCGUGGCACCGUGAUACCCUGCUAUUUGGCACUUUCAAGCCAAGAUAUCUCGAUGCUCGAUGUGUUCGCCUCGCCUAAGGCACCAUACGUGCGCCUCGUACGUCGGCUACGGUACUUCAAAAUUUCUGACCCAGGAGAAGCCCAAAGAAUUGAGUCAUUUGGUCCCGACUUCGGAGCUGCCGCGACAAUGAUUAAUUCGGUCGACAUGGGUGCUGAUCGCAGUCAAAAAUUAAUUAGAUACGAAGGCAAGGUCGGGUACAUGGAUCUCGUCGAGAUGGAAUGUAACACAGCCGUUUGGUGGAAACCUCCUAAAGACAUGCAGCAGGAGGAAGGCGUCCGGUGGUUAGAGGGUGAAAUCCAUCUCCCGAAGGACCUUGCUCCCAAUUGCGAUCUGGAGAUCUUUCAUCUCAACGUGAGUUCUUCCCUCUGCUCAUUCGAGCAAGACUCGAGUGAUGAAUUGAUGAGAUAUGCAUGA